GGGAGCCGGCGCGGGGAGGUAGCCGCGCGCUGCCGCAGCCGGUGCGGCAGUUGGGCCCCGGUGUGGUGAGCGGAGGGGCGGCGGGGCUUUGGUGAAGUUGGUGAGCACUCCUCCAGAAGGCAAUGGACCAUGCCAGAGCAGCAAUCUCUAACUUGUUUGGUGUCGAGCCGACGUCAUACACACGCUUCAGCAUUGCCCGACAAAUGGAUGGCGACAACAGCCAUGUGGAGAUGAAGCUGUCUGCUGAUGAUGAGGAAGGAGGGGAAGUUGGGAGGCCAGAGCACCUGCAUGCCAGCAUGCCUCCUCCACGGAGGAUUGGCAAGAACCUCUGCUUCCUACUCAUCGCAGCUGUCCUCCUCCUUUUGAUUGGGUUUCUGAUUGGCUACUUGAGUUACCGUGGACGAAUGCAGAAGGCUGGCAGGUGUCUGGAUGGAAGUGGCAAGUGUGAGAUGACUCCUACCACAUCCUACUUAAUGGAUGAUGAUGAAACUGAGGAAGAGGAGGUUCCUGGACCACCUGUCUUCUACUGGCCUGCUGUAAGAGAUCUGUUUUCAAAAAAACUGUCAGCUGGGCAUCUUCAGGACAACUUGAGGCAAAGAGCAACUAAGGACUCUUUUGAAGCUGGCCAGAGUGAAGAUGAGAGCAUUGCCAGCUACAUUCAUGACCAGUUCGCCAGCUUCCUCUUGGACGAAGUGUGGAACGAUGAGCACUACAUUAAACUGCAGGCGAAAGGCAGCAACAACACCGUGUCUAUUCUGCAAGACGGUAAAGAAGAGAUACUGGAGAGUCCUGAUGCAUAUGUGGCAUACAGCAAGAGUGGCUCAGUUGUUGGCAAACCAGUCUAUGUGAACUACGGACGAAAAGCUGAUUUUCAGAAGAUAGAGAAGCCAGGUGUUUCACUGAAUAACACUGUAAUCAUCUUCAGAGCUGGAAAAAUAACCCUGGCUGAGAAGGUUGCAAAUGCCCAAGAGGCAGGAGCUGUUGGUGCCCUGAUGUACCUGGACCCCUCUGAUUACGAGAACACAGAAACGCUUGUCCCCUUUGGACAUGCCCACCUUGGAACUGGAGACCCUUUCACCCCAGGCUUCCCAUCUUUCAACCACACCCAGUUCCCACCAGUGGAAUCUUCCGGACUACCUCGCAUUCCUGUUCAGACUAUCUCUAGCAAAGCAGUAGGCAAGCUGUUCAGUAAAAUGCAUGGAGAGGAAUGCAUUCUGGAGUGGAAAGGUGGGGUCGUGGGAUGUAAGGUGAUGCUGAACAGCACAAGCAAGAUGACUGUGAAGCUGAGCGUGAACAAUGUUAUGGUGGACAGGAAGAUUCUGAACAUCUUUGGUGCUAUCAAGGGAUCUGAAGAACCAGAUCGGUAUGUUGUCAUUGGAGCCCAGAGAGACUCAUGGGGCCCAGGAGCGGCCAAGGCUGGUGUUGGAACUGCCAUGUUGUUGGAACUUGCCCGUGUGAUCUCAGACAUGGUCAAAAAAGAGGGCUACAAACCAAGGCGCAGCAUCAUCUUUGCUAGCUGGAGUGCAGGAGAGUACGGAGCUGUGGGUGCUACUGAAUGGCUGGAGGGGUAUUCUGCCACUCUGCAUGCCAAAGUCUUCACUUACAUUAACUUGGAUGCUGCAGUCCUAGGCUUCAACCACGUGAAGAUUUCUGCUAGCCCAUUGUUGUACACGUUGCUGGAGAGAACUAUGAAGGGGGUGAAGGACCCAGCAAAGAAUUCGGAAACCCUGUAUGACAGAGUUGGCUCUGACUGGGUAAAAACAGUUGUUCCUCUUGGUCUGGAUAAUGCAGCGUUCCCUUUCCUGGCUUACUCAGGAAUCCCAGUGGUUUCCUUUGGUUUCUACAACAAAGAUAAGGAAUAUCCCUUCUUGGGCACGACUCAGGACACUGUGGAGAACCUGAAGAUGACUGACAACUUUUAUGGUCUUAUGCGUGCAGCUGCAGAAGUUGCUGGACAUAUAGCACUCAGGUUGACCCAUGAUCAUGAGCUCUUCCUGGACUUUGAGAGAUACAGUGAUGAACUGCUAGCGUUCCAGGAGAAGUUUUUGCCCUACAGUCGGGAUGUGGAGGCGCUGGGGCUGACCUUGAACUGGCUGUUUUUUGCCCGUGGUGACUUCCAGCGAGCUACAGAUGCACUAAGAAGAGACAUCGCAAACAGUGACAGGGAAAACAAGAUUGUCCGCAGAGCCCUGAAUGACAGGAUCAUGAAGGUGGAGUAUGACUUCCUCUCCCCAUACCUCUCGCCAAAAGAUGCUCCCUUUCGCCACAUCUUCUUUGGCAAAGGCUCCCACACCCUGCAGAGUCUGCUGGAGAACCUGCGUCUGCUGAGAACCAGCAGGGACAGCAUGGAUGUGAACAUGCUGAAAGAACAGCUGGCCCUGACGACCUGGACCAUUAAAGGAGCUGCCAAUGCCUUAGUGGGUGAUAUCUGGGAUACAGACAACGAAUUCUAGACACGGCAAACAUCUGGUUAAGGUACAGGAUUAGGGAAACCCACUCUGUAACAUGGCAUUAUUUUUUCCUGUAGAUUUUCUGGCAACAGUUUUUUUUUUUUUUGACCAAAGCUGAGCAUAAAAUUUAAAUCUCACCUUGACAAAUUCACAGGAGGCAGUUUUAAAGCAGGUACUAAGAUUACCAUGAAAUCUCCUCUGACCAGGCUCCCAUCUGACCACAGUCUAAACCGGUCGCGUACAGCUGCUUGUAGGGCUUGCUCUCCAGUGUACCUGAGAACUAACAGCUCAGGUGACUCCUGAACCGGUGCCUUGAGUGGGGAGGUACCUCAUCUAUUUAGGGUUUUAAUUGUUGGCCCCCUAAACCUAGUGACAAAAUGGAUUCCUCUUAACACUUGUAAUGAGGAUCCCUUCUCUGGCAGGGAGCUGCAGAGACCAACCUGUAGUUCAAAAAUAAAACAACAUAGCAACAGCCCGCAAGUGCUGGAUUAUCAGCAAGCUCUGAAGUGUCCGGCCUGCCUUUGCUCAACAGCAGGGUCCCAAUGACAUCUUGGAGGCUUGCUUCUGCUGAGGCAGGUCUCAAUACCCAGGGAAAAUGACCCAAAGAUUAUCUGAUGCUCCCUUUAUAUCCUUAGCUGGCACCUCAGUGAGUCCUGCAGCAUUGAGGAAUGGCUCUAGACUGACACUUCAGACCUUGCUGCUCUAGGGCCUUUAGUGAAAUCGAGUCUCUUGCUGGCCAAACCUUGUUUGACUGAUGCCAUUUUGGUGGCUCUUGUUUGGCACUGAGAUAUUUAUUUGUUUAUUUAUUUAUCAGUGACAGCGUUCACUAUAAAUGGUGUGUUUUUUUAUAGAAGAUAAUUAUCGGAAGCAGUGCCUUCCAUAAUUAUGACAGUUAUACUGUCGUUUUUGAAUAAAGCAGCAUCUGCUAUUACAAUCAAACAUGAUACUGGAACUUUGCAUUUAAAAUAAUCUAAACAGGCCCCUCCAAAAGAAGAAAGAAAAAAAAAAAAGUCUUUGAAAACUAGCAAUUAAGCUUUCUGUGGCAAAAACACCCCUCUGGAAGAAACUUGGAGGUGUAAACCGGGUAGCAAGUCUCUGGGUUGUGCUCCAAAAUGAUCCUUGACAUGCUAAAAACCUGGGUGGAAACUCAGAUAGUAGAAAUUCGGCUUCCCUGCGGUGUCUGUGCCUCUGUGGGCUUCAGACUCCCUUUCUGGAUGCUGUGUGCUCACUUGGGGAGCACAGUUCCCUUCCCAGCCCUGCUGGAGGGGCUCGCUGUGGAGCCCGAGCUCCACUCACAGCAGCACACGCAAACUUCUUGUACUUCAGAUUAGGCAUCGGCCCAAUUUUUAAAUGGCAGCUUCCUGCAAACUUCCAGUACCUUAUGUAUCGUGAAACCUAAUUGACAUUAUCGGGGGCAGUGUCUUCCAUAAUGUGUAAAGAACAAGGUAGUUUUUGCCUACCACGGUGUUAUAUCGGAGGCAGUGACCUCCAUAUGUUGCACUAUGGGUGUACGUAAUUAUCGGGGACAGUGUUUCCCAUAAUUGUUCUAUGCUUACCAUGCAAUGUCAUCUGCGAAGCUUGAUGGUUAGUAUCUAACACGGAUCCCGCAGUCCUAUUUCUUUCCACUCUCCUGUGGUGAUGCAGAUACAAACUUUGGUCUGUUAUGUCCUUCCCUAAACUCUCCCUUCUCUGUAGGUUGAACUGUUUCAAAUAGCUGUGCUGUCUUGAAGUGGCUUGCUGGCGCUUGAAUAUUUAGCGGCAACUAGGCUAGUUAGACUGUGUGCUCUGUGAUUUAGUAAACUUCCUUCAAAUCAGUUGCAAAGACUGGGGUAGUUAUAGGUGAAUGUUAGGCCUUGGGGCUGACCGCUGCCUGGAGCGCUCAGGUCACCGCUCUGGGUGGGUGUGUGUGCUGCUUAAGAGGCUGUGGCACUGGGGGGAUGCUGGUGUCCGUGUGUGGGAAGCAGCUUGCUUACUCGAGCCUUGCUGGAAACUCGUGCCUUGGGUGUUGUGUGGACGGGAGGGAGAUCAGUGGCACCUUUCUCGUGGUGCCCCUCCUCUCCCUGACCUGAAGCUGAACGUUCCUGCUGUUGGACACCUGCUAAACUGUACAGCCUGUUCCCAAAAAGCAGCUGGCUGGUUGUCCCCAGCCCCAUGCUCUGCAAACAGUUUGAUCUGGCUUUUAAACCUAAAGCGAGCGAGUGACCUGAGCCCUGACAGUAGCCCUUGAGGGAAAAGAAAUCUGUUUGCUGGUGUAGAGACCUGGGCCACCUCCAGGAAUGGGCAAGGACAAGCCCCCAGCCCAGUUACUGAGCUCAUUGCUCACUAGCUUGGAGGGCUGGACUUUCAUCGGGAAGCCUGAUGCCCAGGCUCGUGCAACUCCUUGCUCUUCCUUAACUACCCUGCUGUCUCUGAGGCAUGUGUACAACCCUGUCUGUGUUACUGCUUCCUAGUGACGCUUCUCUGGAUGGCAUUAAGAGCUGCUGUCUGGGAGUCCUCAUGGUAGUGUCUGCAUGCAUCUUGAUGUCAGAUGUAAAUCAUGCGCUUUACAGCCAGCAGAGAAAGACAAAGCCUGUCUCCUGGCUCGGCAGCACAACCGUGAUUACUGGGAUGUUGGGAUGCCUUGCUUGGUGCUGGCAUCUGACU